GGCGCACUGUCACCGGGGCUGUCUCCUCCCGAACUAUCCUCCCUCUAUCCCGCCUGUGGCCGCAGUGCGGACCCCACAGCCUCCCGGCCGAUGUGCCUCUACCCUGCAGCGGUAUGUGUGAGAGCGAUAUGCACGAGGUGGUCGGUUCAGAGCCGGGCACGGAGGGACCGGAGAAGCCGGAGACCCGACGCUGCUAUAGUAGUCGAAUGACGGUGGAGCCGGUGAUGUUCCUGGGGAUGUUCUGUGUGGCUCUGCAGGGUCCUCUCACUACCCAGUACUUGUGGGAGAGGCUCAGGACUGACAUCGGCUACAACGGGACCAAGACCGAGGGCUGCACCAACCUCACCGAUGUGCUGGAGAAGGAAGUGGAAAAGCAAACUUCACACUGGAGUCUUUACUUAAACCUGAGUGGAUUGAUCGUUGGCCUGUUCUCAGUGACUCUCCUGGGUCCAUGGAGCGACCAUGUGGGACGUCGCCCAAUACUCAUCCUUCCCUUCAUUGGACUGACCUUGCAAGUUGGCGUAUACCUGUUGGUUAUGUACCUAGACCUGCAUGUUGGCUAUUUAUUAAUUGGACGCAUUCUUGGUGGCCUCACUGGUGACUUCAACACCAUACUAGCUGGCUGUUUUGCCUACAUAGCAGACAUCACAGAUCGUGAUUCGCGCACAUUCCGAGUUGCUGUAUUGGAGGCAUGUCUAGGUAUCGCUGGAAUGGUGGCCAGUAUCAUUGGUGGGUACUGGCGAAAUAGCCAAGGCUACAUUUACCCAUUCUGGCUUGCAUUGGCUGUUAAUAUCUUCACAGCUUUCUAUGUUUACUUCUGUGUCAGGGAGUCAGUAAAAGACAAGAAGCCAUCAAGAUUGAUUACUCCCAAACACUAUAAGACCGUCUAUCAGCUCUUCGCUUUGCCUGGAGAAAAUAAAAGACGAAACAAGCUUUGGCUCUACGGUUUGGCUCUCCUAUUGGUCGUAACGGUUCACAUGGGAGCCAAGGACCUGAUGGUGAUUUAUGAGCUCAGCUUUCCUCUCUGCUGGGACUCUUUCUUGAUUGGCUAUGGAUCAGCAGCGGAGCACCUGACGUAUCUCAGUAGCCUGGCCGGACUGCGCCUGUUCCAGCUGUUCUUAGCAGACGGCUGGGUGGCAGAGUUGGGAUUCUUAUCCAAUAUCACGGGCCUGGUAGUCUUCUCUGUGGCCUCUACCACUCCAAUUAUGUUUACAGGUUACGGGUUACGUUUCUUUUCAAUGGCGACUACUCCAGUAAUCCGUUCUAAGUUGUCGAAACUGGUGGAAGAAGGUGAACAAGGUACUUUAUUCUCCUUUGUGGCCUGUGUAGAGGUCAUCUCCUUCAUACUCGCCACCACCAUCUUCAACUCCUUGUAUCCUGCUACACUGUAUUUCAUGAAAGGCUUCCCCUUCCUGUUUGGAGCAAUGGUCCUCCUCAUCCCAGUUGGAAUAAUUGGGUCUCUGGAAAUGUUUGGCCAGAACCCAGUAUAUAGCCAGUUUGCUGAGAUCUCCUAAAACCAUUCCUCAGAUGAGUGCACUACUCUUCAACAAAGAAACUUGUGACCGAUUUGUGGCUUCAUCGUAGGCCAAGCACUUCAAAUCAGAUGUUUACAAACAUGAAAAAUGUAAAAAUCUCAGAUGUUCAGUGUCUUUCCUACCUGCGGCUAUUUUACCAUGCAGCACUUGACUGAAUGAGGUGGAUAGGAUGUCCAGAUGCACAGUGAUGGGGUUGGUCAAGCUAUCCAUGCAUGGAGUUCUUCAGCUUGUAUACUUUCCCUCUUCCCUCCAGCCAUGUGUGGUUAGGUGUCUGCUUUCCUUGGUACAGCCAUGUAUUAGUGUCUUGUCACGUUAAAGGAUGCACUAACUUAGGCAUAUGUUAUGGCAAGAUUUAGUAAGGGAUGUAGCAUUGUGUAACGUAACUAAAGAACAUGUGUACAAUGUUUCAUUUUACUUUACAGUGUGUUU